CCUGACGACACAGUCACAGAGCUUCACGAGGUGUUCGCGCUGUUUGACAAAGAUAGCAGUGGCACGAUCAGCACCAGAGAUCUAUUCACCCUGAUGAGCGCUCUUGGCCAGAACACGACGGAGGUCGAGCUCAAGGACAUGAUUGCCGACGUAGAGACCGAUGGCCAUGGCACCAUUGACUUUCCCGAGUUUCUCGCCAUGAUGACCAAGAAGACGCGGCCUGCCGACACCGAAGAAGAAAUCCGCGAGGCCUUCAAGGUGUUCGACAGUGACGGGAAUGGCUUCAUCACUGCGGACAAGCUGCGCCACGUCAUGACCACCUUGGGUGAAAAACUGACGGACGAAGAAGUCGAUGCCAUGAUACGAGAAGCCGACAUGGACGGAGACGGACAGGUUAACUAUGAAGAGUUCGUAGCACUGAUAACAACGGUGGAGAAGGAAGAGCAAGCAUUACGAAAGAUCAUUAAAAUGUCAGAUAGUCUCUCUGACGACACGAUUGCGGAGCUACGUGAGGCCUUUGCGUUAUUCGACAAGAACAGCAAUGGCGCGAUCAGCACCAAAGAGCUCGGCAACGUGAUGCGCGCCCUCGGCCAGAACCCUACCGAGGCCGAACUAAAGGACAUGAUUGCUGAGGUAGACACCGAUGGCGAUGGCACCGUCGACUUCCCCGAGUUUCUCGCUCUCAUGACCAAGAAGGGGCGCAGUGCAGACACCGAAGAGGAGAUCCGCGAGGCGUUUAAAGUGUUCGACAGGGACGGGAAUGGCUUCAUCACUGCUGCGGAGUUGCGCCAUGUCAUGACCACGUUGGGCGAGAAACUGACAGAAGAAGAAGUCGAUGCCAUGAUACGGGAAGCCGACACGGACGGAGACGGGCAGAUUAACUACGAAGAGUUUGUUGCACUGAUAACGUCGACCUAG